CUUAAGUACAAUUUGUAUGUGUAUACAAGAAUAUUUACAUCUAUUAUAUGUACAUGCGCCACCUCCACGACAAAAUGUCAUAAUGACUCAUUUGCUUAUCUCUCGUCCACACUUUCGCAGCGCUGGACCGGCACUGAUGAGUCUGUUCGCUUCCGAGGAUAACAAAAGUGAUGAGUGCAGCAGAUGUCAUGUGUCUCAAAAGAUGUCUCUAAUCUUUCUCUUGCUGAAAAAACAAGUCAAGAUGAAUGAAAUCACUCUACCUCCUUCCCCAAAUUGGUAUUUGAGUACUAUCAUUGCGUGUGCUGGUGAUGGUACUGUUGCUUGGGGAGCAAGGAAUUCCAUAAUUGUAGCUAAAAAGAAAGAAAAUGCUAAGGGCCUUGAUUACACAAUUAUUGAUAAGGCUCACUUGGAGAGGGUUGCAUCGAUAGCAUUUUCACCAUUAGAUGAAGAAAAUAGCUGCUAUUAUUUGGCAUCUGUUUCAGAAAACAAUGUUGUCAAUGUAUGGAAUAUGGCCUCUUGUAGUAUUAAAAACAAGUACAAUAAUUUAGAUACUGGAAGUAAAAUAGCUGCAGUAGAUUGGUCCAAACAUGACCCACAUCUCAUCUCCUACGUGACUCUAGAUGGUUUACUGGGAACAAUAAAUAUAAAUAAUAAUAAUGCACAAAAGUUUCCUAUAAACAGUAGCGGGAAAGUAAAUACAACCUGUUUGGCUUGCUGUCCUCACGAUAGUAGCUUAAUAGCAGUAGGUGCCAAGUCUGGCUUGGUUUACAUUGUCAAUUCACGAGGUCACGUUAAAUAUAAGUUAAGAGGUCACGACAUGGAGAUUACCAGCUUGUCUUGGUGUCCAGUUCCUGAUAAUAUUUUUGAUAAUAGUGACAAUAAAGAUUUUCUGCUGGCCAGUGGUGCUAAAGACAAAUCAAUAUAUUUUUGGAAAGCUGGGAGUAAUGGCCGCUCGCAACUUAAUUUUUCACUUCCAAAUACGCCUUUGGACAUAAGUAAGCACAGAAGUAAAAUGAAUUUCACAGCUCUUUGUUGGUUGACACCCAAAACUCUUGUAUCAAACUCACAAUAUGGAGAACUGCUUUUAUGGGAUUUAUCAGGAUGCCAAAAAAAAAAAUUUACUCCAACUUUAAUUCAUGGUCAACACAGCAAUGGGUUAUUUGCAAUUGCUGGUUUAGCUGACCAACUCACUGAAAAAAUACUUGAAGAUUUGGAGCAAGAAAACUGGAGGGCAAAAACUACCAUAAAAUCAAUAUGGACUUUAUCUCAAGAUCGGCAGGUUGUUUGUUGUAGUCUCACAGAGGGUAAAAUAUCUAUAGAACAUGUCAUACCAACACUAGGAGGUUUUGUUUAUUGCGUAGCUGCUUGUCCUAUUGAUACAUCGUUAAUUGCCUUUGGAGUAGGUGACAGUAUGAUUCGCUUGUGGAAUCUAUCUGAGCCUCACGAUAAUAUGGUAGAAGUACAAAUAUUGUGGGAAAAAAUCAAAGGAAAAGUGCGAUCUCUUUCUUGGCACCCAGAAAAAGAAAACAUCUUAGCAUUUGGAACAGACGAAGGGCGUAUUGGUUUAUUCGAUACUAAUACAAAAAAGCCCCCACAAUUGGCUAAACAAUUUUUUAAACAAACUAUUUAUACCUUGGGUUGGGGUCCAGUACUGAAAGCUGAAGAGUACGGGUUGUAUGCUGUUGCAGAGGGUGAACUAGUAUAUUUUGAUCCGAAAUCUCUGAAUUCAGAUCCUACAGUUGUAAUUGAUAAAAAUUGUGCUGAGUUUUCUUGGAAAUCAGAUUAUUCUCUGCUAGCCAUAGGCUUUAAUAAUGGAUCAAUCUCAAUCUUCGAUCGCACUUUAACCAAAAAAUAUGUGAUCCACGAUCUCAACAAGCCAGUUCAAUGUUUAAUCUGGCACCCAAACAGUACUAUGUCAGAUUUGAACACUUCUUCAAUGCAAAAUUACUUGGCCGUAGCUGUAAAUGAUGUUACAAUAACUGUUUUUGAAAUUCUGAAUACCGAAAAUUCGGAAGAAGAAACUUCUGAAGAGCCACAGACUUUUUACAAAACUGUUGCAACAUUGAAUGGUCAUACCGACAAAGUUGUAGGUCUUGCUUGGAGCCCACACAUGAGCGGAUAUUUAGUGUCUUGCAGUUAUGAUUAUUCUGCUCGGGUUUGGAAAGUAGAUACACAAGAGAUGAUUGUUACGUAUACGUCUCAGCAACUACCAAUUCAUUGUUGCAUGUGGAGUCCAUUAUCCCAAGACUUGAUUAUCACAGGAUCUGCUGACUUUACUUUGCGUAUUUGGAGCAUUUCCAAUCAAACAGCUCUACCCGCGAGUGAAUUAAAACCGAAAAAUACAAAGGGUAAGAGAACAAAGAAAAAGAAGACAAAAGUGGUUAAAGCAACCUUGGUACUAGUAGAUAGUAACAAUGCUGAAGAGGUUGAAGUUACAUCAGAAGUGACAAAUGGUGAAAAGAACCCUAGUGAGGACAGUAGAGAACAUGUCGGUCAAGAGCUAGGUGCUGAUCAAAGUGAAGAUGGAAGUGUUUUAAAGGCAAAGAAAAAGAAACCAAAGAUGAAGACUCUUUUCCCUGGUUAUGCCGAAAUUUCAACCAACAAAAAGCUCUGGUUUGCUUCUGUAAGGAGUCUCAUGCAUUCUGUAGAAAAUGAUGAAAAAUGUAACGGUACGACCAAAGAGUCAUGUAUUAACGGAACGAAUGGUGUUCAGGAAGAGGAUAAAGAAGCAGAAUCUAACAUUGAAGUUUCACCUUUGCUGGGAACGAAAAAAGAUCUCGAAGAUGCUUUGAACCACGAAAAACAAUUGUUGCAUACAAACAAAAAUCACCAGUCGAUCAUAGAAAUCGAUCAAUGGACUGGCGGGAACUUGAAGGAUAGUUUGCUGGAAGCAAUGAAAAACAGUAAACUGACUGAUUUUUCUGUAUCUCUUGCGGCCAGCGUAUCAAAAGAGUUUUAUGAACAAAUUUGUGAUGCCUAUUCCUCGCAGCUUGUAUUUGAAGAAAAUCCUCAAAAAGCAGCUUCGUACCUACUGUGCAUUAAUAAAGUUCGUGAAGCCAUAGACGUUCUUCAUGCCGCAAAUUUUUACCGGCAGGCAUAUAUUAUUGCUGCUUCUAGAUUAGAUUCGAAAGAUCCUGUUAUUGUUAACAUUUUAACUCGGUGGGCUAACUAUGCCCAAAAGGUCGGGAACUGGCAGAGUGCGGUUGAAUGUUACAUAAAGUUGGGAGACUAUACUACAGCUGCCAAGCUGUUAGAAGGUCGCAAAGAUUUGGAUAGUUUGGUUUUAGCAGUUGAUGUCGCCAAAUUAAUCAAGGAUCAAGAUAAAUUGAUCAUAAGUUUGGCAGACAAAGCAGUGAUGCAAGCUCUGCUGGAUUCAGAUAUUGCUACUGCUAAAUCAAUCAUUAAGGAGAAUCCUCAAAUACAAUACCGUGAAGUUGAAGUAGAUGUAUUUGGUGAAUUAAAUCAGAUUCUGGACAAUAUUAGUGAUGAUUCUAUUUUGAAAUGGAUGGCUGGAUCAUCAAAUAUUUCUUUGUUGAGAACAUUUAACAGUCGUUUUGAUAAGUGUCCAAAAAAGUAUUCGUUAUUGCUUCAAAAAGAUGUAAUACCUCUUUCAGUGAGCAAAAAAAUGAUAUUAAUAAAUGUUAGUCAUCAAUUUGCAUUGGCAGCCUUGUCUGAUAAGCAAAAUCAAAGCCUUCAACAUAUAGUCAGAGCUUUUGCCUUCAUAACUCAACACGAGAAUUCGAACUCUAAUUCAGAUGUAGAAAAAGAAGGAGAACAAGAAAAUGAAAAACAUCUACCUUUAAUAAAGUACCUUUAUGCUUUAGAUAAUAAACACGUGACAGAUCCCAACAAUAUUUUUAAUAGCGACAAAAGUGAUAUAACAGUGAGCUUAUGUGCCUAUUUAUGUCAAGCCUUAAUCGAAUGGUUCAAUACAAGUCAACUAAUCAAUAAUCAGAAUCCUGAAUGUAUGGGUUUGAUUGUUGAGGCUGUUAAAAAAUAUAUUAAAGAUCUUUUUGAUAAAGAAUCCGUCAAGUUUUGGACAACUGCUAAUGAAAUUAGAAAACUGGAAUCAAAAUUGUCUAGUGAAAUGAGUAAGAUGAAGAGUAACAACGAGGAAGAAAUUGAUGAGACUGAAGUUCUGAUAGAACGUUUGGAUCAAUUAAGGAACGCUAAGAAUCGUUUCCUUGACAACCGAGUUUCGUCACCAAAUCCGAUGUUUAGUUAUGGAGCUGUAAACGAAUUCGUUGGCAAAUUGUCUACUGAAGUACGAGAAGAAGUCAGCAAGUUAGUUUUAGAUACAUGGUUAAAAGCAAUUUCAUAAGAAAAUUUGAAAGUUUCCUACUAAAAUUUUUUGUUUGAAUUAUCGUUUUCAUGUUAUUAUUACGAUUUCUCUUAAAAAAUAAUUUUUUUACAUAGUAAUUAACACUUCGUUUCAUUUUGCUCCUAGUAUACUGUCUGUUUUUUUUUUGCUAUUAAGUAUUUUACAUUUUCAUAUUUUGUUUUGAGUUUGAUAUAAAUUACUAUGUCUUACUUACAUUUAAAGUAUCUUGCAUUAUGUCAUGCUGCUUUGAAAGUAUAGCCAAUAUAGGCUGUACCAUCUGUAGUUGUUAAAUGUAAAAAAUUAUUUUCAGUCAUUAUAAUGAAACCAAAUACUUUUGUAAAAGAGAAACUUAGUUUUUUACAUUUUAUUAUACCUUUUUUUCAUUAAUAA